CAAUCAAACAAUUCGUAACAUUUGUAAUGCAAAUUACUGAUUGGCUGACUGCCAUUCAUGUCCGAUUUAAGUGUCGAUUACGCCGGUUUUUCUUUCCCACGUUACGCUAAUAAUGCGGAUUGACCUGCACAUGCAAAGAUUUGUAUACUAUUGUAUACUAUAGUAAAUGAUGUGAGUUGAAAUCACAUCGAUUUGGAUCGAGAAUAAUUUAUGAGAAUAAUUGCGAGUCUCGUCUUUCAUACGAUUCGCACACGGUCUCCUUGAUUUCGCUGCAUCCAAGAAUAUGCAGAAAGUGGGCAAAUUGAACUCGUCUAUCGAUAUUAUUCCACUACAAGGAUCAAGUGGUGAUUAUAGAUCGAGGCACAUGGACAAUAAGCACAGAAUGGACCAAAGAUGUUUUCGAGAUCAAACAUUGAUCGCACGCGUGCAAACGUAUAUGCAUGAAAAUGAAAAUAAGGUGUACAUUGAUGUCAAUGAGAUGGCAGAUGCAUUGCAGAGACGAUAUAGAGACUAUCGUAAUAAAAAGCGUGCUGCAUUUCGUGGGAUGGUACGUAAAGCUUAUGAUGAGCUUACAGCAAUAUUUGCAAAGAAGCCUCCAAUACGUGAAUCUCCUACAUAUGAUGACGAUGAUUUUGAGGAUGUCGAUGUUGAGUCAGAGAUGCAACAGACUUCAAUAAGUGACAUGCUAAUACAAAUGUAUAAGAAACAGAAUGGAAACUCGAGUGAUAAAGAAUUGAUAGACAUUAGUAGCGAUGAUGAUAUAUCUAAAAAUGAAUCUAAAGCUGGUAAAGAGACAAAAGAACUCAAUGUAUGUAAUGUAACUGAAUCUUUGCACACUCCUUCAAUUACUCCAAAGGUAGAAACAGCUACUGAAAAGCCAGAAAUAUCUACCUCAAAGCCUGAAUCAUGUGUUUCAAAGCCAGAAAUACAUUCCUCAAAACCAGAAACACUAAUUUCAAAAUUAGAAACACCUGUGAAAUCGAAAACACCUAUGAAUGAGGUCACAAAACAAGUAGUAGGAGAAUCUACAAGAAAACGACAAAGAGACAAGGAAAAUGAUAAUGGGCAGUUCUCAGUUACAAAAAAGGCAAGAACUAUACCUAUCACAGAAACAAAAAUUACAUUUUCUGAUAUAGGAGGUAAUGACAAAAUUUUGAAAACUGUCUGCAAGUUAUUGGUCCACAUGGUCCAUCCUGAAAUCUUAAAACAGCUUGGUAUAUCUCCACCAAGGGGAUUUUUGCUUCAUGGACCUCCUGGUUGUGGGAAAACAUUAUUGGCAUAUGCAGCUGCAGGAGAAUUAAAUAUACCUCUACUAAAAGUAGCAGGUCCAGAGCUUGUGGCUGGAGUAUCUGGUGAGAGUGAAGCUCGUAUUAGAGACUUAUUUGAACAAGCUCUAGCUCUUGCACCAUGUAUUGUUUUCUUGGAUGAAAUAGAUGCUGUUGCACCACAUAGAGCUACAACUCAAAGAAUGAUGGAAGGAAGAAUUGUUGCACAAUUAUUGUCAAGUUUAGAUGAAUUGAGUCUAAAAGAAAAUGGAGAUAGAGUAUUGGUAAUUGGAGCGACAAAUCGACCUGAUUCAUUAGAUCCUGCUUUAAGAAGAGCAGGUCGUUUUGAUCGUGAAGUGUGCCUUGGAAUACCAGAUAGAGAGGCAAGAGCUAAGAUCUUAGCAGUACAUACUGAAAAUGUUGUACUGGCUCCUAAUAUUAGUUUGUCGACAAUAGCUUCCCUUACUCCAGGUUUUGUAGGUGCAGAUUUGGUUGCCUUAAUUAGAGAAGCUGCUAUGGCUGCUGUAGAUAGAGUAUUCGAAGAUCUAAACAAAGCAAAACAGACAGAAAAAUUGCCAGAAAUAACUGAAACUGAUAAGCAAUUUGAAAAGAAAGCACAGGAAAACCUGGAAAAUUUAGUUGAUACUAAUGUUGUAACAGAAGUUUCAACUGUAGGAGACACUUCUACAUAUCUGAGAGAUUCACCUAAAAAUCCAAGCUCAGAAACUACUGAAAUGGAUAUAAUACAGGAACAUUCGUCGGAUUUGUCAAGCUUAUUGGCUUGGUUUCGUAGCGAACCUCCACUUUCUCCAGAGCGUUUGUCAACCUUAUGCAUUGAACAUUGUGAUUUUGAAGUUGCUUUACGUGUUGUUCAACCUUCAGCAAAAAGAGAAGGAUUUGCAACAGUUCCCGAUGUAACAUGGGAUAAUGUUGGCUCACUGCAAGAUAUACGACAGGAAUUACAAAUGGCAAUUCUUGCUCCUGUUAAGUAUGCUGAACACUUUAAUGCAUUAGGUUUAUCUGCUGCUAGUGGAGUAUUAUUAUGUGGUCCACCUGGUUGUGGAAAAACAUUAUUGGCUAAAGCCAUUGCUAAUGAAGCUGGAAUUAAUUUUAUUUCCGUUAAAGGACCUGAACUUUUGAAUAUGUAUGUUGGCGAAAGUGAGAGAGCAGUUCGUCAAUGUUUCUUAAGAGCAAAAAAUUCGCGCCCGUGCGUCAUAUUUUUCGACGAAAUAGAUGCAUUAUGUCCUAAGAGAACAGAAGGCGAUAAUUCAUCAACAUCACGUGUCGUAAAUCAAAUGCUUACAGAAAUGGACGGUGUAGAGAGUCGACAAGAAGUAUUUCUCAUGGCCGCUACUAAUCGUCCUGACAUUAUAGAUUCAGCUGUUUUGCGACCAGGAAGAUUAGACAAAAUUUUAUAUGUUGGUCUUCCGACAGCGUCAGAUCGGGUUGAUAUUUUACAUGCAAUAACAAAGAAUGGAACAAAACCAAAACUUUCUAGUGAUGUUGAUUUAAAUCAAGUGGGAUAUAAUGAUAAAUGUGAAGGUUAUACUGGUGCAGACUUAGCAGCUUUAAUAAAAGAAGCUGGCAUGGAAGCAUUAAAGGAAAUAAUAGCUGGUUAUGGAAAAUCAGAAAUUUCUAUGCAGCAUAUUUAUCGGGCAUUUGAUAAAGUGCAACCAUCUGUUCGCGAAGAGGAUAUUAAAUAUUAUGAAAAAUUUAGUAAACUAUAUUCAGUUAAAAAGUCUGAAGUUACACCAAUGGAAACACCAAUAGAUGCACCAAUUGUUGAUGUAGUCAUGGAACCAAUGGAAACAUAAAGUACAAUUAAUAAAAGUUUAUGAAAUUUGUUGAACAAUUCUUCCAUUAUCAAAUACUUCAUAUAAUUUUUACACAAAACAGACAAAAAGUAUUCCUUUAAUGAUGUAGUUUAGUUUCCAUAUAUUGACGAUUCGAAAAUGAAUGUAGCUUUAAUGUUUACUAAUGUAAUGAUAAUCAAUGAUAUUAUUUUAAAAUGCACGAUUAAGACAAAGAGUUACAUUAUAUCAUUAUUUUUUAGUACAUAGAUAUAGAAAGCAUGUACAUGUAUGACUUUAAUGUAACAAAAAUCCUUAAUAAAAUUUUCAUUAAUAAAAGCUUA